GCGGACAGGGCCCGUCGGAGCUGCUGUCAUGGCGCUCGCUUCGCUGCAGCCCCUGGAGGCGUUGAAAUACGCCGAGCUCCAGCGCAUCGCCAAGGCCGCUGGGCUGAGAGCCAACCUUCGGGCAGACAAAUUGUUGGAAUCAUUGAGGCAACACUUUGAAGGGACAAAAGAAGAAAGUGAAAAUAUGGGUCCUGUAAAGAGUGCAUCUGCUUCCAUUAAAUCGGAUGAACUGAGCAAUCAGGAGGAAAUUAUGUCUGAUUCAGUGUGUUUUAUUACAAAAAGAGGUGGUAAAAAUAAGAAAAUAACCAGGAAAAAGAGGAACUCCCAUGAGGAAAGUAAUGCCAUUGGAGAAAACCCAGUGCUUUCUGAUGAGAAACAGGUGCAUUCUGAAAUGAAAGAAAAUGGAGUGCCUCAGGGUGAGCACAAAAAGAGACAGAAGGUAUUACAAAACAAAAACCAAAUAACUGAAGAGAGAGAUAUUGAGAAUACAGAGAUGGGUACUGGACAGAAAAAACAAGCAGAAAGGACUUCUACUAAAGCAGGUAAUGCUCAUCCUGCAGGAGGGAAGAUCCCUGUACGUGUAGGCCAUGCAUCUAGGUCUGCAAGAACAGGAAUGACAGCUACCACACCAAACUUUAAGAAGUUGCAUGAGGCUCAGUUCAAGAAAAUGGAAUCUAUUGCUGACUACAUUGAGAGGAAAAAAAAACUGAAUGAGAAUUGUAGCACAGUCAAGAAACAAGCCAGUGGCAAAAGAUUUUUAUUCAGCCCAAAUCCAGAGAGAGGCAAAUUCUCCAACACCUGCACUCCUAGUAACUUCCGGCGCUCACCACGCAAUUCUCUGAAUGCUGCUAAUCGGAGUAUUUUAUCCCAGAAAUCUUCAUUCCAUCCUUCUGUACUUUCAACAUCCAAAAUGAAUGUCAGGUUCUCAGAAGCCACAAAAGAUAAUGAGCACAAACGCUCUCUUACCAAGACUCCUUCUCGAAUGUCUCCAUACAUGGAGGAGAUCUGCACACCUGACACUCAGAGGAGCUGCAAACUAAAAACUCAGAAGAACAGCAAGGGAAAUAAUGAUCUGACUGCAUCAAAGGUUCUUACCCCCUUCAAGUUUGGAGCUCAAUCUGUGGAACCCUCAAGUGGAAAGAAGACAUUUGAUCUCAAAGCAAGUCUUUCUCGGCCGCUUCGGUAUCAGCCACACAAAGGACGACUAAAACCGUGGGGAGAACCUAAAGAAAAUGCUGUUCUCAGUAGAUCUGGUGGCAGCAAUAUCUGUUCACAUAAGAAAAAUUACAAACAGCCACAUCUCCAGACAAGGGAAGAAAGGCGUGAGACACUUGAGCAAGACAGAAAAAAGAAAAAGGCUCAUACUCUUGGAAAACGUAGAGGCGUAUCUGUGUCUUAGGAUGAAUAAGGAGUAUCUAAGACAUCACUGUAAAUACUGUUCUUCUCAUGUAAAGGCUUGUGCUAUCCGUGUAUGGUUCAGGUUGCUUUUAGCUAGUGGAAUCUAGAGAACAGCAAUUAAUGAGACCUUGUAAUGUGCACUGAGCAUAAUGUUUCUGUGAUUAAUUUCUCCACUGAGAUGAGAAUUCUAAACUUUCAAGGGCUUAGAACUCUCUUGUUGCUUCAUGUUUUCAUUUAACUGAUUUACUUCACUUAAAGAUGUUAAACAAGAAAAUAUGAGUGGAAAAAAGAUGCUCAAGAAGCCUCCUUGCAACUUAGGAUAGACUUGUGCAUCGGAAUGCACUUGUUGCAUGCUAGAAUGCAGGCUUUGGAUAGCAAGCUUCAAAAUGUUAGUAUUCAAAAUGACCAGAGUUGGAAGUACCUGUUUGCCAUGUUCUCUAGAACAAUCCUUAAAUUCUCUAAGUUACAGCAAUUAUUCAGCAUUUCUAAUUGCAUCCUUUGAAAUUCUGUUUCAUAAGAGAAGAAAAAAUAUGGAAGCUCUCUGGAAAACUAAUGCAUAACAUAAUUGUAAACUAACUUUUUUUAAAAAGUCACAACUGAGUUUACAAAUUGCCAUCUGAAUGCUUUGAGCAGUUUUUUGUUCCUUUCUGUGGUUAAUAAAACUCUCUUGCUUUUCAUCUCUAAGAUGCUUAAAAGAGGUUAUAAGUGUUGAGGCACAUUCAAUACCUUGGUUUUAAAAGCAGUUGUUAUUCUUACAUUAAAAAAAUACAUUAGAAAAGUUGUCUGGAUUGGAUAGGGAUAGAACUAGAAAGGUAAUUUAGCAGUUGUUUUCAGCUGUUGAGCAAGUAAAUGUUUCACUGAAUUUAGUAUCCCAUCAAAUAGAUGUUGCAGUGUCAAGAAAAAGCAAUUUUUAAAAUAAAUGUAAUGGGGAAAAUAAAUAUUUUCGUAUA